UUAUUUGAUGCGGUUCAUUCGAUCCUCUGAGGCAGUGAGCGUGAGCCAGCGAGGAGCUCCAUCAAUGGCGGCUCUUGCCCAUCUCCAUAGCGGUCCCUUCCUCAUUACCGAACACAGUAGCAGAGGAUCACCCAAUUUCAAUCUCUCAGCUCAAUCUCUCACCCCAUUUGCCUUCUCUCCGUCCCUCAGUGAGAUCGCGAGCAAUGGGACCCAGUUGGGUUUCAGGCUUGGUGUUUCUUGCGGGGUCGGCCGUGGAGGCGGCGACGGAGGUGGCGGCGGCAGCGGAGGAGGAGGUGGUAGCGGGGACGGAGACAAUUCCGAGAGCUCCUCCCCGUCCCAUUCUGCGGGGUUCGGAGUUUUGGGUCUUCUUGUCAAUGGAUGGAGAUCGAGGGUUGCUGCGGACCCGCAAUUCCCAUUCAAGGUCCUGAUGGAGGAGCUCGUGGGCCUCACCGCCUGCAUCCUCGGCGACAUGUCGUCCCGCCCGAACUUUGGCCUCAACGAGCUCGACUUCGUCUUCUCGACUCUCGUCGUUGGCUCCAUCCUCAACUUCCUCCUCAUGUAUCUCCUGGCACCUUCCACGGCCUCUCUGUCCUCCCCAAGCCUCCCGUCCAUCUUCGCCAGCUGCCCCGCGAGCCACAUGUUCGAGACCGGCCCCUACACUCUCAUCGACCGCCUCGGGACCUUAGCGUACAAGGGCGCCGUCUUCGCGGCUGUCGGGUUCGCUGCAGGCCUUGUGGGGACCGUGAUAUCCAAUGGACUGAUCCUAAUGAGGAAGCGGAUGGACCCAAGCUUCGAGACCCCCAAUAAGCCCCCGCCGACCCUGCUAAGCGCAUUCACCUGGGCCACCCACAUGGGCAUCAGCAGCAACUUCCGCUACCAGUCACUGAAUGGGAUCGAGUUCUUGCUCGCGAGGUGGCUCCCUGAGGUGGCUUUUCGGACCCUCGUGGUGGUCCUGAGGUGCUCAAAUAAUGUGCUUGGUGGGAUGUCCUUCGUGGCUUUGGCAAGGUUCACGGGCUCACAGGCCAUCGACUCAUCGAAGCAGGGGCCCUUAGAGUAGAAGAUGAAUUGGGUUAAGGGAAGAAGUAGAUGAUUCUGUUUCCGACUGUAGGUGCAAUUUUGUUUCCAAUUAGGUCAUUUUUCUAACGGAAUUCAAGUUUAUAUUGCAUUUACAAAGUCAAAA